AUGGCUAUCGUGUUUGCGGUUCUUAAGUGGAAGCAUUACUUACUUGGGCGACGGUUCACUGUGAAGACUUAUCAAAGCAGUUUGAAGCACUUUUUAGAGCAUCGUGAGGUCAAUGGGGACUAUCGAAAAUGCUUAAUAAAGCUGAUGGGGUUCGACUUUGCUAUAGAGUACAAUCUAGGACGAAGCAACUUAGUGGCAGAUGCAUUAUCUCGUGUACAUCAUGAGGUUAUUGAGUUAGGUUCAUUAUUGAGUUCUAAUGGCAUCGAUUGGGAACUAUUGCAAGAGGAGGGGCGAUAUGUUUUAGCUCGGUCUUCUCCCUUCAUUUCAGUUUUGCUUCGGGAGUAUCAUGACUCACCCUUGGGACGUCAUGCGGGAGAGUUGAAGACUUAUUUACGUUUGGCUGCCGAAUGGUAUUGGGAAGAAUGCGUCGAGAAGUUGCCAACUACGUCAGGGAGUGUCACAUUUUCCAAAAGGCCAAAGCUUCCAAUCAAAGUCCGACAGGGUUACUACAAAAUCUUCCAAUUCUAUCCCAUGUAUAGGAACAUGUCACUAUGGAUUUCUUAG